AUGCGAAAUCAUGCCUUGCCUGAACACGCUGCAUGGCCCGCUGCGCCGCCAGCCAGCCAUGACGCGCUACGGGCUGUUAUUGGCGGUCGCGACAUCGUCCAACGCGAGGAAUUCUUAGUCCUUAUGCAUGCUCGCGAGAAGAUCAAGAAGACUGACAUACUCUCGCGACUCCGCGCCUUCCUUCGUCGAGCUUCAUCUACUACUGCUACUAUUAGUAUAAGCCCCCGUCCCCCUCCCUCCUUCCCUCUCUCAGCUUCUGUUUCCCCUCCUGCCUCCUGCGUCGCUCCUUCCUUCUUUCCUCGUAGUCGAGCUAGACCUCUUCCCACCACCGCUCUUAUCACCAUCACUCCUCCUCCUCCUCCUUUACCACCAUACCCUCUUCUCUCGUUGUCGCUGUUGAUCCUUCGCGUGGGCAAACAAUUACUGCUUCUGGUACCGCCCACUCGAUAUUGCACACAAAGAAAACUCGUGUGA